AUGUCAUCGCCACCGUACGGCGCAAGGACAGCUCGGCUACGCGUCAUUAUGCUCGACGUCACGGACUCGGAAGAGAAUAUCGGCAAGGUCGUUGACGAAGCUUGGGCGGUGUGGGGACGUAUAGACGUCUUGGUGAACAACGCAGGUCGCGGUUCCAAUGCUGUGCUGGAAGAAGGCGGGGCGGACCUCAUGAGAGCAGUGUUUGAGACAAAUGUCUUCGGCGCUGUAAAGGUUACCAACACUAUACUGCCGCACUGCUGCCGACGGAAGUCGGGGCUCAUCAUAUUCCUAGGCAGUCGAUCGUCUGGCAGGCCAAUAUUCCCGUACAUUGACUCGUCGUAUCUCGCCACCAAAGCGGCCAUACACGCUAUCAGCGAGUCCCUCGCCGUUGAAGUUGCACAAUUUGGCAUCCACGUCCUCCUUGCGAUCCCGGGUGGCUCCCGGACCAGCCAACUGAACACGCCCUACACUAUGAAUCACCACUUCGCAGAUUACGAUGGCUAUCGCGAGGAUUCUCUGAGGGAGAUGCACGAGCACUGGAACCACGCACAAGGUGAUCCGGCUAAAGCCAUGGACGUUCUUGUGGACGUCGGGAUGCCCCUGCCAUCGUGGCUGCUCUUGGGGAGACCUACGUUCUUGUAUGCGAAGAAGCAGUCCGAGAGGUUGUUGGAGAAUAUCUCAAUUUGGGAGGGUAUUUCUCGGGACCUCGACUUCGAUAUUACAGUCGAGUAG